GUCACAUGUGUUUACAUCUGGUGCAAUGUUGCACCGCUUCGUUCAUAGUCUUUCGUUCCCUUGUGCAAUUCAAACACGCUUUAAAUACGGUCGCACCUUCCGGGGUUGUGCUUCACAGUAAACGCAGCCAUCGGGUCCGGCUGUACGCGUAACCGAAAGCGAUGGCCGGCGAAAUGCAUCGUGGUAAAUUUAAACCGGACUGUUUUAAAAGUUUCCCGCUGCACCGUGCCGCGGCCAGUGGAUCGGUAGCCGAGUGUACGCAACUGCUAGCCGAUGGCACGAACCCCUACCAACCGACACCGGAUGGUUGGUCCGCACUGCAUGCGGCCAUAGCGAACCGGGAGGAAAGUGUUGUGGAUUUGCUGCUCGAACCAGUACGAAGCAGAUUGGACGAUCGUGCGGCAAACGAUCCAACAUCAGUUCCUCUGGAAGGCGGAGCAGACGGGCUGGAAAAGCAGACCGUGCCUGAUUGCCUGGACGGAGGAGGACUGCGAGCAGACGGUACCGCUUGUCGCGAGCUGCCCGGCCGGGAUUCCACUCAGCCUGCAGGUGUUUGUACUGCUCCGCCACCCAAUUCAUGGACACCGUUUUACCGCCCUGGAUGUUUGCAACCGAACGAAAUGGUGUGCCAUUAUGUGGCUCAUCCAACGACUGUUGCCGAACGGUUGCUAUCGCUUGACCGGAGUGAUAUGAGGGGUGAUGGCGCUGUGAACUAUCUCCAGCUAGCCUGCACACUUUCGACGAAGGAAAUAAUAGUGAAGCUCGUCGGUCACGGGGCCUCCCUGGCCGUUGCUUCCGGUGGUUCGGCCCGCACACCCUUCAUGGCUGCCGGGGAUUCGAUGCGCAAGGAUGUGAUCGAGCUGCUGAUCAGCAGGUACAGCGAUCGAUUCGAUCCCUUUGCCUGCGAUACGAACUAUUACAACCUGUUACACUUGAUGGUUCAUCGGCAGCAUAUUGGCAUGGUGGAAUGUUUGGUCAACUUCUUCCUGCACUACCGCACGACCAAGCUGCGCGAAACGAAACCGGUGGCACUGAGUAGAAUCCUUUGCUACGAAUCAAAAGACUGCCCAUCGCUCCACUUUUGGAACUUUGUACGAUCAUCGCCCAUGAAAAAACUGUGCGCCAAGUAUAUCGGCGAGUGUGGCAUGGAGUUGCACACGCGGCUGGCCGAUGAUACGAUCGUACUGGCCGUUUUGAUUGCACGUGGCAUAGCGUUAGAGUAUUGCUUCGAGCAAAUUGAGCAAAACUUGACACUGCUAGAGUGGCAAGAUCACUACAGCAGGCUGAACAUUCUGCAUCUCUUGAUAAGAUGGAAGCAGUUAACGUUCGUGGAAGCUCUCUAUCGCAGGCAUGGUGCGCUGGUGAAGGAUCUGUUCGAGGUGGAAGAACCGGAUAGAGACGUUCCUGCAUACGAGCUGCUGCGACAGCUGCUUCACAAUGCGGACGGGCAAGGGAUACUGUUUGUGGUGAAACAUCAUCGAGCUUUUUACCUGAAGAAUAUGGAAAAAUUGCGCCAAGCUGUUGUGAUACAGCACCACAGCCCUAAUCCAUCUUAUGAUAAGGCUUUGGACGUGUUGGGGGAAAAACUGCCGGAACUACGGGAACAUAUAGAAGCGAAUAAGAAACAGCAGAACAUAAAAGAAUUAGAUUUUUAUGACCAUUUACGGAGCCUCUGUGACAGUUUUAAGAAAACUGUCCUCAAACUGGAGACUGAUGACAAAAAGUUGGACGACUAUUUGGACAGCAAUGGGAGGACGUUCCUUCACGUUGCCGCUUCGUGGGGAAACAAAACGCUCGUUGAACGGCUGCUCGCGCACAAAAUGGAUGUAAUGGCUCUGGAUGACAAAGGUGCCCUGCCGAUACAUUGGGUGUACAGGUGCGAAUCUAUAUUCGAGCUGUUUUUGGAACGCAACGUACCGGCACAGCUAGCGUACGUGAAUGCGGCCGGCUACAAUCUGCUACAUAUAUGCUGCAAAAAUGGACUACAUGGCGAUACGCUGAAGGUGCUGCUCGAGCACGGCAUGGAUGUGAACGGUGCGGCACCGGACGGACAGUUACCGCUCUCGCUGGCCUCGUGUUGCGGUACGGUAUCGUUCCUGCUCGAGCACGGUGCACGCAUCGAUCUGUUAAACGAAGAACUUGUGACUGGGAGUCUAAGGCACAUGCAUUACUGUGCAGCAAUUGCGCUAAUAAAGCGCGUGGCCGAUGCGCCGUGGUUUCGCAAGUGUGCCCACAUAUACCUGCCCUGGCUGGUCGGUGAUCAAAGCCGGCACAGCUUUGCCUGGACUAGCGAAGAGUUUCUGCAAAAACAUCCCGACAUUCGGCGUCUGCUGUUUGACAGUUUGUACGAGCACUCGAAGGAUCAGAUGACGGAACUGUUCGCCCGUGUGUGUCACCGAAAGAUGCAGUCGUGCGUGCAGUGGUUUAUGGAGUACGAUUAUGAUAUCGAUUACGACUACAAACACUGGAACCAGUCAACACCACUGCUCGGACUGGUAGGCUACAUCGAGGACGAUGUGAAGGAACAAUGUGCUGUGAUCGAAAGACUGCUCGGAAAACCGAUCGAUGUAAACGCUACGGAUGCCUGGGGCCACAAUGCUCUGACCAUGUUCGCGUAUAGAUUCAAAUGGAUAAGACACUGUUGUGGGUGUGAGUUGGUGCUGGGGAUUGUGUCGGCGCUGCUCGAGCGUGGCAUUAAGGUGGAUGCGCAGGACAGUGAGCGGGGUAAUACGGCUUUACAUUACGCGUUUGAGUUUGGGCAAUUGGAGUUGGUUGAAUUUUUAAUUGCAAACGGGGCAAGCGUAACGAUCAAGAAUCAAGCGGGAAAGCUGGCUAGUCAAAUGGGGAACGAUAUGAGUAGCAGCUUGUACGGGUUCAUAAAGUAGCGAUACGAUGUGAUUCAAGGUGAUAGGCAAUUUGAGCAGUAUUUUUCCUAUUUCAUAGUUUCCAGUACAAAUACUACUACAACCAAAGACAAAGUAAAUCAAAGCUUUAAGCUUAGUGACAAAUCGAGUAAUGGGAAGAAGUGAGUGAGCUUUCGGGUGAUAAACGGAUCCAAAGAUGUACAUUUGGACAUUUGUCUACAAUGUCUUGAAACAUUCUUCAGGUGUUUUGAGAAGAACGUUUAUUACAAUUAAAAUAAAUUCCGUUAGCUUACUCUUAA